AUUGGCAUGGCGUACCUGGUCGAGAUGGAAAAAAGUUCGGGACGGCUCACCACCAAAUCUUCACCGACUACCAAAACAGCAAUCCCAACAAUGCCUAAGAGAAAGUUGAACGAAAAAGACGUCCCCGAGGCUCUUGAGCCAACUGAGCCAACUACCACACAGACCGAAACCCCUUCGGACGAACCUGUUAAGAGUGUACAAAUCACUUUCGCAUCACUCGACCUAGAGCCGCGCCUUUUGCGAGGCAUUCGGGAUCAGAAAUGGUCAGCACCUACACUCGUUCAGAAACAAGCGAUUCCUUUAGCUCUCGAGGGCAAAGAUAUCCUGGCACGAUCGGGCACGGGAACCGGAAAGACCGCUGCCUACGUUCUGCCAAUCCUUCACCACACCAUACGGCGCAAAGACAAACGCGUUACCUCUUCGCUCAUCUUGGUACCGACGAAAGAACUCGCAGGACAGGUCACAAAGCUCGCACAGUCUCUUUCUUCGUAUUGUGGCCAGGAUGUGCGGAUACAAAAUCUGGCUGGGAAGGAAUCAGAUGUGGUACAGAAGGCUAAACUCGCCGAAUUCCCCGAUAUUGUGGUUGCAACACCUGCCCGAGCUGCUGCAAACAUGAAUACAGGAGCGCUGUCGCUGAAGAAUCUUGCACAUCUUGUUGUGGACGAGGGAGAUUUGGUCAUGGGUUACGGAUUCAAGGAAGACCUGGAUUACAUCUCUCAAAAUAUGCCCAAGGGAGUCCAGAUAUUCCUCAUGAGCGCAACGCUCAGCACAGAUCUUGAUGCUGUCAAAGGACUGUUCUGUCGCGACCCUGUUGUUCUCAACUUGGACGACCUUGAAAGAGGCUCGCAGUUGGUGAAGCAGUACGUGCUGCCUUGCGGCGAAGAAGAGAAGUUUCUCAUUGUGUACGCCAUGUUUAUGCUCAAACUCAUCCAAGGAAAGAGCAUCAUCUUUGUAGGAGACGUCGAUCGAUCCUACAGAGUAAAGCUUUUCCUGGAGCAGUUCGGUAUCAAGAGCUGCGUUCUGAACAGCGAGCUUCCCCUGGUCUCCCGGUUGCACAUCGUCGAAGAAUUCAACAAGAACAUAUACAAUAUCCUCAUCGCUUCCGACGAGGCCGAACUGGUCGGCACAAUCCAAGACGACGAGAAACGACCCAAAAAGAAGGCGAAAACCGAGAGCGGCAAGUCUGAUUCAGGAGUCUCGCGAGGUAUCGAUUUUCGCAACGUCUCGUGCGUGCUCAACUUCGACAUGCCUGCAAACUACAAAGCGUAUUUCCACCGUAUCGGCCGGACGGCGCGAGCCGGCAAGAGCGGAACUGCAAUCUCUUUCGUCAUUCCUAAGGACAGGUACCGCAAACACAAGCCUACAACUUUUGCGGGCGCGGAGAAGGAUGAGGAAGUCCUGAAGAAGAUAAACAAGCACCAGAAAGAAGGACAAAAGAUUGAAGACUGGAAGUUCGAUAUGAAGAAAUUAGAACCCUUCCGGUACCGCUUCGCAGAUGCGUUAAGACAUGUUACCAAGAUCGCUGUCCGAGAAGCUCGGAUCAAGGAAAUCCGGAUGGAGCUGGCCAAGAGUCAAAAGUUGAGCAGAUACUUUGAAGAACAUCCCGACGAAUUAGCACAUUUGAAACACGACCAGAAUUUGAAUCACCCAGCAGCCAUUCAACCGCAUCUCAAGCAUGUUCCCGACUAUCUCCUCCCCGGUGGCAGAAAACCACAAGACAUCGGUUUCGUCAGCAUGGACAAGCCGAAACCCCCAAGAUUCGUCAAGAGAAAAGGCAAGAAGAUCGUGAGGGGAAGGAACGGCAAAGUAGACCCAUUGAAAACUUUUAACGCCAGGGGUAAAGGGAAGAAAUGA